AGAUCGAGUCGGCAGUUUACUGAGAUUUGACAGCAUGUACAACUGACGUUGCUGGAAUCGUGUCAUCAUGCUAUCCUUAGUCUUGGUUCUUUGUAUAGCAUGCCGUCCCGCGUUGACUUAUUCGCAACCUGGCGCGCCUGCGGCAGUCACUACUGCUUUUCCGCUCGUUUGCUCAAACGGCGGAAUGCUUGAUGCGAAUACAAAUCGGUGUCAAUGCUCUGGUGGAUACAGUGGAGAACGGUGUGAAAAUUAUGUGGCAAUCACUGCUGCUCCUCCGUUCGUUUGCUUAAACGGCGGAGUGCGUAUCGUGAAUACAAAUCGGUGUCAAUGCUCUGGUGGAUACAGUGGAGAACGGUGUGAAAAAUGCAUUCAAUGUCACAAUGCUGCUGAGUGUUCAAAAGACACCAAGAACAAUAUCAUAUGUUCCUGUUACCCCCCAACCAGCGGAGACCGCUGUGACGGAACCACAACAAGCUCAAUCUCAAACAACAUUGCCAGAAAUAGGAAAGCGUUCCAUUGCAGAAGCGGCGAGAAUGGGACAAAUUAUGGCGACGAUACCAUCUGGACUGGCGAUGUCUGCUAUGAUCUUCAUGUGAAUAAUGUUAUCAUUAUCGACCUCGGUGGACAGUAUCAAGUGCAGACAGUGCAUCUUAAGAAACAUGGCCAUCAGAAUGUUAACCUGACCAUCCGAGUUGGCUUGCACCCUGCUGAUCAGUGUGCCGUCAUGAGAGGGAUAAACUGCACGGCAUACAACAGACACUGGCCAAACGGAACUGAGAAAGCCUUCCUUUGCAAUAAGACGCAAAGUAAGCCAGGACGAUACAUUGUCAUUGAGAACAACGUGCAGGCAAAAUCAAUCUUCUGUAUCGUGAACGUGGAAGGGAUGGCUGCAUCUGUUUCAAAACGCACAGCCAUCUACACAAACGCAAACGCGAUCUCACAUUUCACGGCUGUCCCAUCGUUCUCCACCAUAAACACACAGACCAGGUUGGCAUGCGCAGUAUCCUGUCUCCAAGAACCCAAAUGUCUGAACUUCCAGUGGACCGACCCAACCUGCUCUCUCUACGGCGGAACUACCUGGCUAGGGCAUAACAACAGAGACGUAUAUCGGUUGCAAAAUUUCCAUCAGACUUGACAUUAAAACGUCAAUAUCAGAGGCUUGUGCUGCGGAAUGAAAAGGAGUUACAAUGAUAAGCUGACUGAUUUCAAAAGGUUUUAACGUUUUUAAGGAAACCCCACGAGAAUAACUCGUACCAUAGUGAUAUAAAGUAUAUGGAUUUGAAUUUUUUAAGUUCCCUUCUCUCUUGGAGUGAGUAAGUUACAUGUAACGUCACAUCGGCAAUAUUUCUGCCAUACCGUGACGAGAACCUGGACAUAAUAAAUAUACAAAUAAUAAUAUUUAUAUUGCAUAAAAACCUGUCAGCGAUGAACAGUAUAAUAACUAGAGCAUCACAGUUUCGAUAUUAAAACAAGUUGUGAACAUUUAAAAAAAUACAUUUUCAAUCAACAAUACAAUAUAGAAAUGGGCUUAGAUCACCAGCAACCAAAGUUAGGCAACCUUACAGGGGACCAUGGGGACGUACGAUACUUCUGCUUCCCCAGCAGGAUUUACACCAUCCCUUCAGCUGCUGCUGGGGGUACGCAAUUAAGCCAUUAGUUAAAAUAAACAAAUAUACUACGUUAAACAUUGAGGUAUGAAUAAAUGUACUUUGAAUGAUGUGGUCUUACAUAUCCUCUCAGGGGGACAAUAAUUUAACGCUACGUCAACCCCCUUUGAGGAUACAGCCACGUCACAAGUUAUACAUUACCAAUAUCAAAUAUAGCUAUCUACACAAUUCAAAAUGUCAGUAAGUUCAAUUUCUUUUUAGAAAAAAUAAAUGAAAUGAGAAUUGAUACUACUAAAAGGAUCCUUAAUUGAUGAGUUGAAAUAUUUAUCCCUUGUGAAGAAAACCUCUCUCCUGGAACAUAAUGUAUGGGGGACCGGUCACUUCAUAUUCUGGGCGGAGUGAUCACGGGGGAUGUGUGGAUGUCCUUAAAAUAUAUUUUGAGAAUAUGUAUAAUGUCCCCUGCAUAUUCUGUAUCAUUUGAGUUUUAUCAUUAAAAUAUGCACUGCAACUGAGAUUUUGUCGUUUAAUAAUGUUGUUGUCAUUUUAUUACAGCACAAUACAUUAUCAAUUGGUCGAUUAUUUGCUUUUCUCAUUCACUACAAGCGAUUUAUACUUGU